GCCACACCGACAUCGCUCAGGUCCGACUCAGUCAGGACUCAGGAGAAAGCUCUGCGCGUGAAGUUGUCUCUGUCUCAGUGUACCGUGUACCAGAGUCGGCGUUGUGGUUGUGUUGUUGUCAGCAGUAUUUGUUGGUGCGUUAUCGAGAAUUGGGUGAAAUCCGGCAGGAGUCGACUUUCUUUGUGAAGUGUUUACCAUUUUGUGAACAGCUGUUUUUGUGUACACCGCCUUCUGCAGGAUGGACAGGGAAUAACAUCAGAGCCACCAAAGAUGACGUCAUCAACUGAGCCACCCCCUCUCGUCCUGAGUGACAUGGAGAAGGGGGAGCUGAUAUGGUUUGACCCAGGGGUAGGCCAUGCUCUGCCGGGGGAGGUCUUGGAGUACCAUAAGCCCGCCCAGGUGCUCACUGUACAGGCUGUCAUCGCGGGCAAGCCUCAGGUGUUUUCACUGACUUCAGCCAGUGGGGUUCGUAGGCGUCAAGAUCUCGGCCAGAAUGGUGUUGAAGACAUGAUACUGCUUUCAGAUCUGAACGAAGCCUCGCUGCUGUGGAACCUGAAGAUAAGAUACGACAGAGAAUUAAUAUACACGUAUGUCGGGAGUAUACUGGUGGCUGUGAACCCGUACAAAAUGUACGAUAUGUACGGGCUGGACAUCGUGAAGAAGUAUGAAGGACAAAUUUUAGGAACACUACCUCCCCAUUUAUUCGCUGUUGGGUCUGCCGCAUACGCUGCGCUCCCACGGAGCUCCCAGGUGGUGGUGAUCUCAGGAGAGUCUGGCUCGGGGAAGACUGAAAGCACUAAACUCGUGAUGCAGUACCUCGCUGCAGUCAACAAGUCACCAUCCAACCUCAUCACCGAGCAAAUCUUGGAGGCAUCACCACUUCUAGAGAGUUUUGGGAAUGCUAAGACAGUCCGCAACGACAACUCAUCACGUUUUGGAAAGUUCUUGGAGGUCCACUUUAAGGAGGGAGUCAUAUUGGGUGCAAAGGUCACGGAGUACCUGCUGGAGAAGUCACGUAUUGUCACACAAGCUCCUGAUGAACGGAACUACCACGUCUUUUACGAGCUCUUGGCUGGACUUUCAGAAGAGACUAAAUUGAAGAAUGGGCUGCUUGCUGCUGACAAAUACUUCUAUCUUAAUCAGGGAGUUUGUGACAUUGAUGGCAAGUAUGACACAGAGGACUUCCAGUCACUGCUGAGUGCCAUGCAAGUCCUAGGUUUCACCUCUGACGAACAGGACACAAUCUUCAGGAUAUUGGCCUCAGUGCUACAUCUCGGAAAUGUAUACUUCCACCGGAAGCAGCUGAAGCAUGGACAAGAGGGAGUGGAGAUUGGGUCGGAUGCAGAGAUACGCUGGACUGGACAUCUGCUUCAGCUCAGUGUGGAUGGCAUAAAGCAAGCUCUCACCACCAAAACUACGGAAGCCCGUAAUGAGCGUCUGUUCACUGCACUCACUAUUGAUCAAGCUCUUGAUGCCAGGGAUGCAUUCGCUAAAGCACUCUACAGUUCGUUAUUUGCUUGGCUAGUAGCAAGGAUCAAUCAUAUCGUUUACAAAGGGACCAAGAGAACCACUGCCAUUUCAAUAUUGGACAUUUUUGGCUUUGAAGACUUCAAGGAGAAUAGUUUUGAGCAGUUGUGUAUCAACUAUGCCAACGAGAACCUCCAGUUCUACUUCAACAAGCACAUCUUUAAGUUAGAACAACAAGAGUACGCCAAAGAGAAGAUCGUCUGGCAGAACAUCACUUAUGCAGAUAACCUCCCAGUGAUCCAACUGCUCUCGAAGAAGCCCGUGGGCAUUCUUCAUCUAUUAGAUGACGAAUCUAACUUCCCACGUGCAACAGAUCUCUCCUUCUUGGAGAAGUGCCACUACAACCAUGCCCUCAACGAACUGUACAGUCGGCCUCGGCUCAACGGCCCUGAGUUUGGUGUGCGGCACUAUGCCGGCCCAGUCUGGUACAAUGUGGACGGUUUCCUGGACAAGAACCGAGACACUCUGCGGCCGGAUGUUGUCGAACUUCUCAUAGCUAGUUCACUGCCUAUGUUGAGUAAGAUGUUCAUGGCAGUCAGAAGCUCUCAGGAAGCAAACAAAACGCUCAACAAGUCUAACGGGAGAUUCGUCACCAUGAAGCCUAGAACGCCAACAGUUGCCGCCCGGUUCCAUGAUUCUCUACAGCAGCUACUGGAGUCCAUGUCCAAGUGCAACCCUUGGUUCGUGAGGUGUAUCAAGCCGAAUAUGGACAAAGCAGCCAUGAAGUUCGAUAUGCCCACUGUACUAGAGCAACUGAGGUACUCUGGCAUGCUGGAAACUAUCCGGAUCCGAAAGCUUGGGUAUCCUGUCCGGAUACGCUUCCAAGAGUUUGCGGACAGAUACCGUUACCUGCUGCCUAGGAGGAAUCUACCGCCAAGAGGUACUCCUUCAAGAGAAUUGUGCAACCUGAUCCUACAGGACCAUUCUGGAGAGUUCCAGCUGGGCACAACCAAAGUGUUCCUGCGUGAGAGUCUGGAGCGCGUUUUAGAACACGAGCGUGCAACAAUACUGCGUAAAGCUGCUGUUAUACUCCAGCGCAAUGUCAGAGGCUUCUUGGCUCGCAAACACUACGUGACUGCACGCCGCAGUGCCAUUAAACUGCAGGCAGCCAUGAGGGGGUGGAAGGAGAGAAAGAAGUUCCUCAAGGUGAAGAGGGGUGUGGUGAAGGCACAAGCUCACUUCCGAGGCAAGAGGCAGAGGAAACGCUACACCCAACUCAAGGAGGAAUUAAAGAAGAGAGCAGAGCUUGCUAGAGAGAGAGCAAAGAUCAAAGCACAGAAGGAGGAGCAAGAGCGAGCUUCAAGAGCCGUGGCCGGUGUAAACCACCUGGACAUUCCUGCUGAGCUUGCUUUCAUAUUUAACAAACUUGAUGAUUGGCAGCCACCCCACAACGAGAGACAGCUGGUGAAGGUUGUGGGCCCUGUACUGGACAGGUCGGAGAGAAAUUCCUUGCCAGCUGACAUAGACCAGCAUGCAUUCUCCAAGUUCACCAACAUAUACUUCAAGUCUCAUGUUUGGGGCAUGAAGAGAGAACCGAUCAAGACUCCAUUCCUGAACAAAGCCAAGGACUCUGACUUUGCCGACUCGCUCGCUCUGUUCAAAUUGAUCCUGAGGUUCAUGAACGAUGACUCACUCAGUGGGAAGAAAGAACAGGCUCUGGGUGACUACAUUGCGUAUAAGGGAAUCAACAACGAACGUCUGCGGGACGAGAUACUUUGUCAGCUAGUGAAUCAAACGUGGCGCAAUGAUGUGGUGGCCAACAAUGAGCGGGGUUGGUUGCUCAUGGCCAAUUGUCUGUCAGUUUUCCCCCCCUCCCAUCAUCUCUAUAAGUUUUUGCUCAAGUACGUGUCCGAUCACGCUUAUGAUGGGUACAAGGCUAUAUGUCAACGCAAGCUGUUGCAGUCGCACAAUCAGUGGGCCCGUAGCCUGCCGCCCUCUCUCAUGGAGUGGAGAGCGAAUAGAAAGAGAGUCAACAUGGCGUUACAGCUUCACUUUGCUGAUGGUGAAUCGGCCAUGACCUCUGUAGACUCCUGGACACGUUGUGAGGAUCUCUGCGCCAGCGUACUGGCAUCACGUGGCGUAGCAGAGUCGCAUGGCUGGACACUAGCAUUGGAUAUGGAUGAGAUGGGAGAACGUAACGGUUUGGACUACGUAAUGGAUGCUAUAUCAGAACUGGAGUUACCCCCAGCCUUCCCGAUACACAAGCCUGUGCCUGCUAUUAGCACUAAGUUGCAGCCUGUGGACCCACCACAAGCAACCAGACGCCCCACCGUGCCCCCACCCCAACCACCGCCUGUCACUGUGGUGCCUCCUCCGGUCCCACACGCAGCUAAGGUCCGCUCUGUCUCCAGGGAUCACACUGUAGACUCUGGACUCUCCAGGCAUUCAGCUCUCAACGAUCGCUAUUUCGACAAACCCGGCCGUUCUCGAAGUCUCGACAAUCUGCUCUCUCCUGUGGCUCCGCCCAGUUCUGUUGGGUCCUCCAAACUGGAUACACUCGGCCUGUCCCACUCCCGUCUAAAUGAGAGGUACCACUCUAUGGAGCGGAUACAGGAGGUGGUUACAGAACUCAGCAAGGUGGAGGAAGAUAACCUAGAGUCUGUCAGCCAGAGGGGCGAGAACAGAAAGUACAGCCUCACAGGAGCUUCCUCAGAUGUCCUGGUCUCCCACAACCAGCUGGAGUUUGACUUCCCAGAACUGAGCACCAGAAGUGAAGACGACAAGGGAUCCUACAUCAAAGGCCACCCCAGGUUCAUCAAGUCACAGUAUGCAGGCAAACGAGCAGCACCAGGCAGUCACUCGAGUCGAGCACAAAUUGAGACACGACACUCAGACAAGUCCGAGUCAGGAGUGAAGAGUUCAGCCUUGAGUGAUACCAGUGAGGCACCUUCAUUAGCAUCACAUGUGCGUCGUGUGAGGGUGCCAUCACAAGCAUCAGAUGUGGACCAGUUUUUGGACGACUUAUUCAGUCCUGUCCUGGACCAGUUGUCGGAUGCAAGGUCCCUGGCAGCUUCCAUCAAGGGUGGCUCCAGCAGGAGUGGAGGCGAUUACAUGAGUGAUGUCUUUGACCCUCUGUUCGUGGAUUGUCAGACCGAUGCUCAUUUUCUAGCCUCGGCCAUUAAGGGUGGUGGAAACUUGGCACAGCAAGAUGGCUCACACAAUCAACCUCCUAUGUUCAACAUGCCGAUAAGCCCUCCCCCUGUGAUGCCUGGUCUGAUGUCACCCCCUCUCCUGAUGCCUACAAUGCCUAUCUUCAACACACCUGGAACAGGAGCAGCCAGUCUAGGAUAUUCCAUGGACCCUUCCUCCCUGCCCCCUGGCUUCAUGCCUGUGCCCAUCUACAACAUGCAAGGUCUGAGCCUGCCAAACAACCAAACGCAGCAACCUCAAGGUGACCCAAAUGUUCUGGCCUAUCAGGCCAACCUCCACAGGGCCUUCCUGCAGUCUGCUAUGGCUCAGAACUUCCAGAUUCAGCAGCAGUUGUUAGCACAGAACCAGGCACUUCAGCAGUUGCUUCAGCAGCAAGCCCAGACGCCACCUCUGCCAGAAACACCACCACAACCAUGGGUUGGUUCUCCUCCUAAAGGAAGACCAGCACCUGCUCAAGUCACAACCACCAAAGCUCAGGUCCACAGAUCCGGAUCUCCCCAUUCUGCCUUCACUAAUGUACUCAGUGAACUGAAGAGCAGAAAAUCUUCUGUAGACUCCGUAAAUAUUAAGAGUGUGGUUCCUCCACCACCUCCGAUGCCGCCUCCACCAGAGCUGGGGGAUCCAAGUGAGGUAAGACCUUUCAUGGAUCCAUAUGGCCGGGCCAAAACGGUCAGGAUCGGCAAAUGGCGGUGGCCUCCACCCAAAGAUGACAACGACACAUCCUUCCUCCAGUUUAAGUUGAAGCAGCGGCGGAAACACUCUCAGGAGCUGAAUGAGGUGGACGGUGGGGUGGAAUGGGAGGAAUUUGAGAUUCCAGAACAAGCACCUGUUACUUCUACUCCUGUUGCUAAACCAGUGGAACAGCAGCAGCAGAAAUCUGCCAUCAAGACACCCAAACCCAGUGUGGGAAGUGUUGGCAAGUUAAGAAUUAGCUCCGAGAUGAAGUAUAAGUUGGAGAUGGUAACUGCCAACCACAGUCUGAGGUCCACCACCAAAUCGAACCAAAGACCUCCUGCUCCCCACAUCACCCCCCAUCUUACUUCACCUGGACCUGCUAAGAUUGAUACAGACCGAAAAUUGUUAUUACAGCAGCAGCUGGCUGGAAGAUGGGGAAGUGUGGAGAGCGUUGAGCCGAGAGCCGUCACAAAGGAAGAUCGCUCGGAUGUCCAGCAAACGAACAUUGUUCGCAGUCAGGUGGAGAGGAUGGACAAGACCCCUGUCUCUGGGGUGAGGCCCCCGCCACCCCCAGUCACCCCCCACCAACAUCCCCCACCUUCUCGAUCCAGCAGCUUCUAUUCUCAUAGCAACAUGGCACCUAUCCAGCCAGUGACCAGAGAUGUGUACGACCAGAGUAUGUUCACAGUCUCCACAUCUCAUUCGGAUGCUGUAGAUAUGGAGGAAUCAUCAGAAUUCCUGGGUACAGUGAGCGACCCUGUGCCUAUAGUGCCCAGCCCCCCUGAAACUACCCCAGCGACCAAGUUACACCCUCCUUCCACUGCUGCUCACUUCACCUACAACAGGGUUGCUUGGAAGCUCAAUGUUCGGAAAGAGGUGUUCUCUCCCAAGGAGACUGUUUCAAGUCCACUGGUCCUCCAUCUUCUUUUUUGUCAGAUCGUCAAUGAUUGCCUCCACAAGCAAACUCCCAGGAUCAACCGAGAAGAACGGAACGAGAUGAUGCAGUUGCUAGAAAGGUUCGGAGUGACAGCAGCCAACUACCAAUCAGAUAAGCACAAAGCCUCUACAAAACGUGCUGUGUUGGAUAUGGCAAGGCAUUGGCUGACAUACUUUGCACGCAUCUUCCCUAUUACGGGAGGCAACCACUACCCAGAUGUACAGAUGUUAGCUGUCAGCCAUUUAGGUAUUCGAUUGGCACGGCAAGAAGGUACCCAUCUUCGAGUUAUACACACUAUCAGCUUGGAAGAAAUAGCAGAUACGAUGGUUAGCAAGGGCGGAGGCUCCAUACAGCUGGUACUGAGCUCUGGUGAGAGGUUUCCACUGUAUACACCACGUGCACGCCAACUCGACGCCAUGUUGGGCGCAUUCACACGGGAAGCCAUAGGUGCUGCGAACACUACUAUCAACCGAGAACUACAUCAAGCAAGACAUGAAGAACGCACCAGACCAGCAGAUCAUAAAGGUUGGCAGCCUGACGUGAGACUCAUUACUCCGGCAAGAGAAAGUCCCCAACAUCACUCACAACCUGUUGUUGCAGAUGAUGGGAAACACUCGCUUCUACAGUUUGCCAUGCACCACUUCCGACAGAGUCCAGAAAAGUUUGAAAUGUUGAAGACACCGGAUGGGAACAUCAGCGGGUCUCUGAAAGUGGUCCAAGGACACAAAAAGGGAGGAGACUGGACAUGGAAAGAACAGGUGGACUUGGUCAAGUACUCUCCCAGUCCAAUCUCAGAGUCUCUGCUCAAGUUGGACCCGGAACUAAACCAGCUUGCGGUGGAAUGUUUUGAGUGCGCCAUGAGGUAUAUGGGAGACCUUCCAACUACCCCGGACCUCACCGAGGUGAAGUGUGUCUACACCAUAUUGAUGCACUGCCACAAACACGAGCCACUGCGUGAUGAGGUUUAUAGUCAGCUAAUGAAGCAGACAACAAGUAACAAGAGCGAGAGUUGUCAACGGGGCUGGCGGUUGCUGAGUAUUGUUGCUGCUUACUUCACAUGUUCGGACACGCUGCGGCCUUUCCUCCUGAAGUAUCUCGAGACGGCAGCUUAUGACAAGCGACGGGCCUUCCAUGGAACAGCAAAUGUGUGCCUGUCGAACCUGCGCAAGACAUUGCGCUAUGGUGGCCGCAAGAAUGUGCCGAGUGUAGAGGAAGUGACAGCAGUGAGUGCUGGCCGCAACAGCAAACGACAACUGUAUCGGCUACCAGGAGGCAGUGAGACUGUCAUUAAUACCAAGUCUACAACGGUCGUGCAAGACGUAAUCCAGGAGAUGUGUGCUCUCAUCAAUGUCCACGACCCUCUGGAGAUGGAAGAGUUCUCCCUGUACUGUAUCGUGGAGGGAGAUGCAUUCACAAUGCCUUUAGCCCGUGAGGAGUACAUACUCGAUGUCACCACAGAACUGCACAAGAACCAGCAGGUUUUCUACCUUAUUUUCUGCCGUUCUGUUUGGCAUUUCCCUCUCCGCUUGGACUGUCAGUUAUAUGUCCAGGUACUGUUCAACCAAAUAGCUCCUGACUACUUGGAGGGUCUGCUGUUGGUGUUGCCUGGAGAACAACUGCCUCAGGAUGUCAUUUACGAGGUGGCCAGGUUGGCUGCUCUGCUACACCGGGCAGCUGACAUGACGCACGCCCCAGCCAUGAAGGAGACCAAGUUCCUACUGCCCAAGCCAGCGUUGACACAGCGGGACAUUAAGCCUGCCCAGUGGGUGCAGUUGGUACAGAGUAACUGGCCGGCUGUCCAGCCUCUCCACAGCAUUCAGGCAAAGGCUCAACUUCUUGAGCUACUCAGUAAAUGGCCGCUGUUUGGAUCUAGUUUCUUUGCAGUGAAACGUGGAGGUGAUCAGCAAAUUUUGGCUCUCAACCGCAACGGAGUGCAUUUCUUGCACCUCAUCACUCAUGAGACACUGAGCAGUGUGCCGUAUUCAGAGGUGAUAUCAACCCGUAAGGUGAGGGCCGAGUCAGGAACCAUGUACCUGGAACUGAAGUGUGGGAAUCUAUUCCAACAACGGGUGGCAAGACUGCAGACUGACCAGGCUCACGAGAUCACCCGUCUCAUCCGGCAGUAUAUGAGUCUUCAUAGACAGCGGCUAAACGUGGACCACUGACAAUUACCAACAACAUCUUCACCAUCUCUAGUUUUGCUAAGUUAAAAUAGAAAAAAUAUAUAGGCUUUUAACAGGUUAUGAGAAUUAUUGAAAUAUAAAUGAGAAUUUCCUUUCACAGAUAGUGUAUUCGAAAGAAGACAGCACAAGGCUACUGACAGAUAGGGAUGGGGAUAGAUAGCUGAGAUUCAGUUUCUGUUUCUAUGCUAUAAUGACACAAUAGUUAUUUUCAUCUUUAAACAAAUGAAAACCUAAUAGAACUUCCCUUAAACUAAACUGCACAGUUUUUUAAGAUGAUUUUCUUAAAGUACUCAAAUUUUCAUUACAUUCAUACUUACAGGUAGGAAAAAUUGAACAUUCUAUCUUGUGCAAACUUUGUGAAGCAUAAUUGCUUAGUAGAAGUGAAAUGCUCAUAAAACUGAUCUAUUAUCUUUUAAUUUUAUUUAUUUUAUUGGGCAUAAAUAAACUACAAUUGGAUCACGAACCUUGAAUGUCUUUGAGUCUUAAUUUAAACCCUUUCUUACAAUUUUGUACCAAUCAUGGAAUAGAGUAGAGUCUUUGCCUUAGCCACAAACUCUACAACCAUUUAGUAAGAAUUCUGUUGAUCUUUACUCUCUUUCACUCAAAUUAUUUGUUUAAAAAUUGUGAUAACUAUUCUGAAUUGUCUGUUCUGGUAUCCAAAACAGCCUUACAACAACACAAAAGCCAUUCAUUCUCUCUUCAUGUGCUUACCUCAUAAUACAAACAAGUAGCAAACAUCUCUUUGUAAUCUAAAACUCCAAAAAAGCAGUGGAAAUGAAAUUCACAUUUAUAUUUUAACAAUUUUAAAUUGCAAGUGGCAAAACAUAUUUCAACCAAAUCAAAGAAAAAUGCAUGUGGUUGAGUUGUUUGUUAAUUAAAAACACAUAAGCAAUUGUUCUCCUAAAAAACUAUUAAAGUGACUUGAAAUAAAAUCAACUAAAUUUACAAGUAAUUAUUUUAUUGUCAUUUUUAAUCAACCAAUACUUUAAGGAUGUUUUACAAUCAGAUGUUAUAUCUUUUUAGUUAUGUUUGCAUAUUUUGUUAUAAAUACUAAUGUAAGUUUAAGUAUUUUAAAUUAAGACAUUUUUAAGUGCCAACUUCAAGUUUUGUUUGUUUUAAUAUAAAUAUUUAAUGUUUUAUAAAUUUGUAUGUGUAGGAUAUUUUUAGAGAACUAUUUUAGUGUAAUGUAUCUUUUUAAAUGUUGAAUAAAUAUAUGGUUAGUUAAGUUAUUCUGUAAUGCAUUGAAUGAUUAUUGUAUUUUAGUUGUUAAUGUUCUCAAUUUAUAAAUAUGUAAAUAUAGGAAAGUAAGUGCUCAAAGAAAGUAUAUUAUACAGUGCGCAUUCACGCAUUGGUUUUUAUUGUUGAAAACUGUUUUUGUGAAAUUACAAAAAUUAAUUACAUUUAUAUAUUUUUGAAUAGCUUUUGUUUAUUUAAUUAUUGACGUUUAUAUCCGUCCAUUAUAUUUGCAAUGGUGCUUUAUUUGUGUCAAAGCAGUAUUAUUAUGUACCAUAUCGAACAAAGUGCUACAAAUUAUCACUCUAUAUUGUGUACGAUAUCUCUAAUAAAUACGAAGUAUGUAUGUACAUGUAAACCAGAUGAGAAAUUAUAUCUAGAAAUAAACAAUAUUUUACUA